AUGGCUCAAACUGUUGUUCUGAUCACUGGUGCAAACCAGGGCAUUGGAUUUGAGGUUGCCAAACAGAUCCUAGAGUCCAACAAGAACUACUAUAUUCUCCUCGGAUCUCGCGAUCCCGAGCGCGGCGUCAAAGCUGCCGCAGAACUUGACCCCACUGGCGCGUCAGUGGAGCCGAUCACGAUCGAUGUGACGGACGAUGCAUCCAUCGAGCGCGCAGCAGAGCAAGUCGCCUCGAAGCACGGCCGACUGGAUGUUCUCAUCAACAACGCGGGAAUCAACAAUGAGAUUGACAUUGCAUUGGCACGUAUGAAGCGGGAAAAGGAAGGCACCACCGAAGAGCCAACGAUGCCUCUCACCGAGCUGCGGAAACUAUACCGCGAAGCAUACGAGGUGAACGUGUUUGGUGCCGCCGCAGUCACUGAGGCUUUCACCCCGCUGCUGGAGAAGGCAGCGGCAUUGCCGCCCCGGAUUGUCUUUGUCUCAUCGCACACCGGGUCCAUGGGAAUUCGCUCCGAUCCGUCGCAAGAAAUGUAUCCCCGGCAACACAAGCCCAACGGCCCCAUCUACCGCAGCAGCAAGGCGGCCCUCAACAUGCUCAUGCUGCACUAUGCUGCCUUUUUUGAGGACAAGGGGGGCAAGGUGAAUGCAUCGUGCCCGAACCUCACGGGCACGAAUUUUACGCGCGGAAUGGGUGGCCGGCCGGUGUCCGAGUCCGCCGUGAAUAUUGUCCGACUGGCGACUCUGGUAAAGGACGGGGAGACGGGAACAUAUUCGGAUGAAAAUGGGCCCGUGCCAUGGUAG